AUGAAUGACAUUGUCAUGGUCGACUGUUCUUCAUCAUCAUCAUCAUCACGUCUCACCAAUGGUCUCCUGUCUCCACAGGUGUCUGAUGUAGGAUCAACGAAGUUCUUCUCACCGACAGCUCCUACAGGUGCGGUAACACAUGAGAGUCCUGAGUCCAGGACUUGUGGUGCAGCCAAGUUUUCGGGACUUCCGCGGAGUCAGGAGCGCAGCAACGGUGAGGUACAGUUCACGCCACCCGUGCCUAGCCCCACCCCGGCCUGGGUGCCCACGGGCUCCCCUGCUCCUGCUGCUGCGGCGGCCCCUCCGGGUUCUCCCCUCCCCAAAUUCUCUCCGCUAAGUAUAAAGAAGGAGGAGCGUCCAGCCCAUGGCCCCACCUCCCCUCCGCUGCUGAGGCCACUCCCCCAUGCCCAGCCCCACCCGGAGGAACUUGUCCUUCCAUCCCUACAGCACCACGCCCAGCGGGUAAUAAGCCACCAGGGGCAGCACCACCCUCUUCAACUCGGUAGCCUCCCCCUCAUCAGCAGCAGCAGUCCGGUGGGUUUCACCAGACCGCCCCUCCCCCAGGCCUUUCAGCACAAACCCGGCGGGCCUUUACCCUCGCCCCCCGCCCUGCCGCUGUCCAUCCCCGGUCUCUCUACCUCAGAGUACUCCUACCUACGGAGCCCGGCCCAUCGCCAUCCAGCCAUGUUCGCCACCUCAGCCACACUGCCUCGGCCUCCCACCUUACCAACCAACAGCCUGGUGGUACCGGGUCACCUGGGCGCCGUGCCGUACCCAGGUAAGUUCACUGUGAAGAAUGCAGAACGUGACGAGAACUUCCUGUUCGUGGCCAAAAAACGUCAUGAGUGUGAUGUGACUUUAGGCGAAUGUUGUCCCUAAGUCUGCCUGUGAGAAGAGCUCCCCCUGCAGGUGCGGAGAUCAAUCCCAACAACAUUAAUUUGUAGCGGCUCUGUAGCGGGCCCCAGCCUGAGGGUUAGUUAGUCCAGCUGACCGGGGUCUUAGUCUCUGAGAUCCACCACAGAAGUCCCUAAAAAUGAGAAUAGUCUUGAAAAUAUGUAUUUAUAUUUAGAUUAGUGGGAAAUAUAUCACAUUUGACCGUCCACGGGGGAUGGGGGGCUGCGGGGGGGGGCAGGUUCCACAGGUCCCACCGGACCCUGUCCAGAUGAACAGUCUAGGACUGUCUUUGAAGGGACAUUUUCACUGAGACCGGUAGAGAAUUAUAUGGACAUUUGUCCAGAUUAGUCACAGACUAAAAAAACAGGUGAGAAACACUGACCUCUAGCUGCUGAUAUUUCUUUUUUAUUGGUUCCAGUGAUGAACAAAAAAUUAUUUAUUUAUUUUUCUGGAUUAAUCCUGAUUAAUGAUCAUGAUUGAUGGGGAUUAAUCCAGAGCUGG